ACUGCUCAGUAACCUAAAUUACUGCACAGUAAGUGUGCAUGUGUAGAUGUAUCCAGUGUGUACUUCUGCUUCCUGAUGAGGCAAGACUGGCCCUUAAAUACCAUAAGAGAAAGUUAUCUAAGAGAAAUGUUCAUAUUACAUAAAUGCCAUUAUUAAAAGAAAAUCAUUUUCUCUUUUCAGCUUCUUGCAGAGGACUGGCCUUUUGGAGUUGAAAUGUGUAAACUGGUUCCUUUCAUUCAAAAGGCAUCAGUGGGUAUCACAGUGUUAAGUUUGUGUGCCCUCAGUAUUGAUAGGUAUCGUGCAGUUGCUUCUUGGAGUCGCAUCAAGGGAAUUGGAGUGCCGAAGUGGACUGCUGUUGAAAUUGUAUUGAUCUGGGUUGUCUCAGUGGUAUUAGCUGUUCCAGAAGCUAUAGGCUUUGAUAUGAUUUCCAUGGACUAUAAAGGAAAACAUUUUAGAACCUGUCUGCUUCACCCCAUACAAAAAACAUCUUUUAUGCAGUUUUACAAGAUAGCUAAAGAUUGGUGGCUAUUCAGCUUUUAUUUUUGUUUGCCAUUGGCCAUCACAGCAUUUUUCUAUACCCUGAUGACCUGUGAGAUGCUUAAAAAGAAAAGUGGAAUGCAAAUUGCAUUAAAUGACCACUUAAAACAGAGGCGUGAGGUGGCCAAAACUGUGUUCUGUCUGGUGGUGGUCUUUGCCCUGUGCUGGCUUCCUCUUCACUUAAGUAGGAUUUUGAAGCUCACUAUUUAUGAUCAAAGAGACCCAAAUAGAUGUGAACUUUUAAGCUUUUUUCUCAUAAUGGACUACAUCGGUAUUAAUAUGGCUACGCUGAAUUCCUGCAUUAAUCCAAUAGCUCUGUAUUUGGUGAGCAAAAGAUUCAAAAACUGCUUUAAGUCCUGUUUGUGUUGCUGGUGCCAAUCCAAAGAUCUACUGUCCCUCGAAGAAAAACAGUCCUGCUUGAAGUUCAAAGCUAAUGAUCACGGAUAUGAUAAUUUCCGCUCCAGUAACAAAUACAGCUCAUCAUAAAAAGUGUCAAAGAUAUAGCCUCUGACAUUAAGUUCAGUGACUUUAUUUGAAUGACAGUUGCUGUUUUUAAGAUGCUGAAGCAUUUGAAAAACCUAGUUCUGUAUUUGCACAAGAAGCAAAUCAUAAAAAAAAUGAUCAUCCCAAACUCUUCAUAACAUUCAUAAUUAUGCAUGGUAUCAUUAGCCAUUUGCAAAUGUGAUGAAUAGCGGCAGAAUAACAAGUCAUUGUUAAAGCACUUAAACUUUUUGGAGUUCGAACUUCCAAGCUAUCUUCACUUCCUGUUUAUUAAACAAUCGUUUGUAUCCCCACAAGGAUCUUAGGAACCGAAGUCAACAUUCUAUGAAAUAGCAAACUGACUUGCUUUAGAUCAAAGCCAAAAUUGUGUUAUUAAUAUUAUUGUAUUAUCUUUAGCUGAUUUAAGCAGUAUCUAAAUUAUUAAAAAAUCCAAAACAUUUUGUAGUACAGGGUUGAAGGAAAACAUAAGUAUUUUUUAUCAGGAAUGCUACAUUACUAGCUAGGAACAAUAUCAGAGGUAUUGAGUCAAGUUAAAAAUCAUAUGUAUAGCUGAUUUUUCUUUUAAACUGCUAGUGUUAAAAUACUGUUAUUUAAAGUCACUAUAUUAUCAGUUUCUUUAUUUGGCAGCACUAUGCUUACAUUCCGUUUCACUGUUUCCUCUGUUAUUUACAUGAGAGUCUUAUAUACAAAAACAGGGGUGGGGGAAAAGAUUUUUAAAAACAGGAAAAAUAUGAUUGUAGAUCUACAAAAUAAGGCACAGUAGGUGAAACUAUUUUUUAUUGAUUUUUUUUUAAAUGACAAUGUCUAUUUUAAAUGAUCGCCUUUCUGGUAGCUGACAGUAGUACAGCCAAGUUCCUUUUACUAGAGAUUACAAGUGAAAUUGAUUCCUCAAGUGAGAGAAAUCAAUUUACUUCAAAUUGCUGUUUUUCAGAUGAAAAGCCAUUAAAUAAAGCAUAUAAAACAAAAUGUAGCAGUAAGAAACAGACAAUAUUCAGUAAUAUUGAGAUUUAGUUCUAUUAAGUCUUUAAAGACAAUAUUCACACACUGUACUUAAAGAGGACACUAUUGUUCGUGCAUAAUUCUAGACACUUUUAAAAUAUGUGCUUCAUUACAAGUCUUUGUGUAUUGCUUAGGAACAUGUGCGAUUAGCAGGGAUCCUGGUUUUCUGUGAUUUUUUUUAAAAUCCCAAUUUUUGGAUAAAAAGGUACCCCAAAAUCCACAUUUUUCCAUGAUUAAAAUGAAACACCACUAAUAUAUAGAGAGAGCUAUAGUGGUGUUUAGAAAAAUGUGAGUUUUGGGUUCCUUUUUUUAAUCCAAAAAUUGGGCUUUUUUUUUUUUUAUCAGAGAAAGACAGGAUCCCUAGUGAUUAGUUUUGACUUCUGUAAAUAUUUUGGUGAAGCAUAAUUCAUUGUAGAAUAUUAAAACAUGGGCAGGACCCUGUAAAAAUAUAGAUAGAUAAUGAUGCCUGUAGUAAACAGGAUGAGUAUUGCCAGGAGCAAUUCGCAUUUUGUAUAUAUGUGGCUGGUGGUUUUUUGGCUUUGUUUCUUCAGUUUAUGUUCCCAAAGAUUCAUUAACACUUUUCAUGAAGCAAAUUAUGAAAUUUUCCUAGAAAUAGAGUUAGAAAACAUGUUUUGCUUUUAAGGAUAUGCAUUUUCAAUAGACACAAUAUUUUACUAUAAUGAAAUAUUUCAUAACUCAGGAAACUGCUAAACUUCCAAGUUUCAUACGUACAAAAUCCUCACUUAUUUUUCUUAACUUUUGUACCUUGUCCACAAAGUGCCUUUGUCUCAGGAUAAAAUAAGUUUGGGCCAGAACUUCAAUUGCUAUAAAUUGAUAUUACCCCCAUUAAGAUUAAUGGAAAUGAACCUAUUUAUACAGGGAGGAUCUGGUCUCAAUAUAUAUGUGUAUGUGUAUUUGUGCACACUUUCUAUCUUUAGGUUACUGUUAUAAUCUUCCUGUACACACAAAUCUAGCUGGUACAACGUUAUAUACAGCAGUUUGGUAUAAGGGAUCCAAAUUGUUUUCUGACAAUGCCUUAAUUGUUAAGUAGAAAAGGCUUUCUUUAAUUAAAAAUAAUUCCUUGUCUUUUGCCCAGGAAAUCAAUAAUUUGACUAGUAUACCAUGAAGAUAUUAUGAAUGUUUCAACAUACCAUUUAUUUGAACAAUUUUCAUGCUAAGCUGUGAAUUAAUGCAAAUAAAAACCCACUACUAUUUCUAUGAAAUGCCUCUCAAAUAUUAAAAAAGAACAACUAACGGAAUCCUAUGUUUGAUGCUGGUCAGUGUUAUUUUCAUAAAGUUGUAUCAUUACACUUUUGUACAUGUAUAUUAUUUUAUUUCUAUUUAAAAUGUAAUUGUUUAUAUUCUCCAAUUGUGUAAUUUUUUUUUGGGGGGGGGGGGGGUGGUUCCUGGACUACAUUCUUGCUAAGAUCAGGCCUCUGGGACUAAGCAUUUAGAAGGGUGAUUAAAAAGAAGAUGGAGAUGGGCUUUUCUCUGUGGUUGUAGGGGACAGGACUAGAAGCAAUGGCCUCAAGCUUCAGCAGGGGAAAUUUAAAUUGGAGAUUAGGAAGAACUUUAUGACUAUGAGGGUGGUCA